AUGGCACGAAAGCACAGAGGUCGUCGAUCUGGCCACUCCAAGAAGGUUGCAGGUGUUGAGCACGAUCUCGCAGACAUGAAGAUCACAGACACGGCAUCCCAGAAUGACACAGCCGGUCGUGUUGGUGCUCCCGAAGCGACGAAGGACUCUGACACUGGCGCAAACGAAGACAAACCCUUCCGCCUUCUUGCCUUGCCUGACGAGCUGAUUGUUCGCAUCGUCGAGUACGCCGUCGUCAUGAGCUCUCACAAGCAUCCAAUCAAGAUCCGCGCCAUCAACAUCGACGAGCCUCAUUUCUGGUGGGCAUACCCAACGCUCGGAGUCAGAAUCGACCCAGAAAAGUCCAAAGACUUGCUUCAACCACCGGUCACUAGGAUUUGUCGCCUUUUGCGUGACGAAGGUCUCAAAGCCUUCUACGAGCAGAACCACUUCUUGGACCGCAUCAAGGGCAUCACGAAUUUGUUCGUUGAAUGGGACCCACGCGAUGGGGAUUUCGACAAGGAAAUGGCUUGGUUGCGUAUCGUGGAGGCUAAAGUCAGCUUGAAGACAAAGACUUUCGUGCGUCUUGUCAAAGCACCAAAGGGCAAGAAGCCACGCUAUCAGGUUGCGUAUGGGCAGCCCAAGAAGGGUGGAUAUGCGGAGAAGGGUGCUGGUCAGUGGAUCGAGGUGGUGAAGAAUAAGAAGUAG